UUCAUUUAGCUGCCGCUAAGAGUAGAGUUCAGUCAGCUCGAAAGACUACUAUACCUCGGUUAGAGCUCUGUGGAGCUCUACUGUCGGCACGACUUACAAAAAAGGUGAAUAAGGCGCUCAGUUUGUACAGGGUCAUUGACCGGGUGGUAUUCUGGUGUGACUCUACCAUUGUUAUUAGUUGGAUUAAAACAGAGUCUUCAAAGCUUAAGGCUUAUAUUAGGAACAGAGUGGACGAGAUAGCUGAAUGUUCUGAUCCUUUGUCAUGGCGUUACGUGCCUACAGCUCUCAAUCCAGCCGAUAUAGGGUGUAGAGGCCUCGAUGCCACUCAGCUUCUGCACGAGCAGAGGUGGUGGUCCGGCCCGUCUUUCCUUAAAUACGACGAGUCAACAUGGCCAGAGAAUCCUGUAAAAAUAAAGGAAGAAUUACUACCUGAGGUAAAUAAAAGAAAUUUAGCUUCGUCCAUUCCUUGCGAUGUCGCACUGUCAUCUCAAGUAACUUCCAGCGUCUCUAGUGAGAUGGGAAAUUGGAUAGAAAGGUUUUCAAAUUUUUGCAAACUACAGAGAGUCAUGGCAUAUAUUCAGCGCUUCUUAUAUAACUGCCGUCACUCACACAAUAAAUACACUGGACAUCUAACAGUCAAGGAACUUGUGUCCUCUAAUCAAACAUUAUGUAAAUUAGCACAAAUGGAAAUAUUUCCUAAAGAAUAUUCCACUUUAUCAAAAAAUAAUAACUUACCUGCAAAAAAUUGUUUACAGAAUAUGCGACCGUUUAUGCAUAAUGACGGUCUGAUACGCGUCGGAGGACGACUAUCAAAUUCGGAAUAUUGUUACGAUACCAAGCACCCUAUCAUACUUCAUGCUUCACACCAUCUUACGAAAUUAAUCUUCCAACACUAUCACAUACUCACUAUGCAUGCGGGACCACAGCAUUUAUUAUCCACUAUUCGUCAAAAAUACUGGCCAAUCGCAGGUCGUAAUCUAGCAAGAAAAACAGUUCAUGAUUGUAUUAAGUGCUGUCGUUUCGCAGGUAGAUCAAUCCAACCAGUCAUGGGUAACUUGCCAAAGGAACGUCUUUCUAUGACGUAUCCGUUCUUAAAUGUAGCAGUCGAUUACGCAGGCCCAAUCUUGAUUGCUGACAAGAAAGGUAGAGGGUGCAAAUUAAUUAAAUCGUGGAUUUGCGUUUUUGUUUGUCUGGCGGUAAAGGCUGUACACGUUGAGCUGGUGACAGACUUGUCAAAAGAUGGCUUCCUCGCAGCGCUGCAGAGAUUCGUUGCUCGUAGGGGAAAGCCUGGCUAGGUUCUUGAAGGCGAGUGGUGAGGAGAUAGGUGUCUCGGCAUCAGAGUUAGCGAUUAAUUUUAAAUUUUCUCCCGCGUAUUCACCACACUUUAACGGCUUAGCAGAAGCAGCAGUAAAGUCGAUUAAGCAUCAUCUAAAAAGAGUUUUAACACUUACCAAUUUAACAUACGAAGAAAUGUACACUCUAUUAGUAGGGAUAGAAGGCAUACUCAAUUCUAGGCCCAUAACUCCUCUUUCUUCCGAUCCCACUGACCUAAUCCCACUUACACCGUCCCAUUUCCUGAUCGGAAGAACAAUGACCAAUAUUCCAGAGCAAAUAGAUGAUCAGAGGCCAUUACACCUACAGACUAGAUAUGAAAGAAUAAGCACAUUAAAGGGCCACUUCUGGAAACGAUUCUACAAGGAAUACUUUGCUGAGCUGCAAUGCCGCCAAAAAUGGAAAGGUGAUCACAGUCAACUUCAUCUAGGCGAGAUGGUGUUGGUCAAGGACGAUCGAUUGCCUCCGAACCGCUGGCUGCUUGGACGUGUGGUCCACCUCUACCCUGGCUCAGAUGGCAUCGCGCGAGUAGCAGACAUCCAGACGACCUCAGGGACUCUACGGCGCGCCUACAACCGGCUCUGCCCGCUACCUGUUUUGGAAUCUUCGCUUCCAACGGGGCCAGCAUGUGAAGUAGCAGCAAACUUAAGUUAAUAAAAUAAUAUGUGAAGUGGCAACACCGCGCUUCCGCCCGGCGUAGGCGCCAUCUUUCAUGUCUUGCAUUUUGACAUUGACCUUUUCGUUUCCGCGCUCUGGCUGGUACUUGUGCCAGCCAGAGCGCCGCGUGUGAACUCUCUCUCUCUU